AUGGACUACACGAUGGAGGAUACCCAGAACUCGGCGCCCGAUGCGCUGGAAGCUACAAAGCUGAAUUCCGCCGCCCAGCGGAAUGACACGCAGAGCGUGACCAAGCGCCUGCAGGCAGAGCUGAUGCAGCUCAUGCUGUCGCCUUCGCCUGGGAUCUCCGCCUUCCCAGACGCCGACGGCAACCUCCUCUCAUGGACUGCGACCAUUACCGGCCCAACGGAGACGCCCUAUGAGGGGUUGACGCUGAAGCUCUCAUUCACUUUCCCUAACAACUACCCCUACUCGCCUCCGACCGUCCUCUUCAAAACCCCCAUCUACCACCCCAACUUCGACUUCUCUGGCCGGAUCUGUCUGGAUAUCCUGAAGGACAAAUGGAGCGCUGUGUAUAACGUGCAGAGCGUGCUCUUGAGUCUGCAAAGUCUCUUGGGCGAGCCUAACAACGCGAGUCCACUGAACGCCCAAGCAGCCGAGCUCUGGGACUCUGACCAAGAAGAGUUCAAGAAGCAUGUCCUGGCCCGUCACCGCGAUCUCGACGACGAGUAG